UAGUAAUCUUCCAUUAAUUAUCUUUCCGCAAAAAAAAGUAUAAAUGGUUGAUACGUAUCUAAAUGAGUUCAUAAUGUUUUUAACACUUGUAAGGACUCUGAAAUAGCACUUCAUAUAAGAAACACAAUUAUGAAAGGCCCAGUCCUAGCACUAUUUUGUGCUUUAGCACUAGUUAGUGCUGAACUCAACGAGAAUGGAUGCCCGAUAAACCCUUACGUGGACAUUCUCAAACCUCAUCCUAACUGCAACAAAUACUACCAAUGCGUUCAAGGAGAACUGGUCGAGCGGCCGUGUGCCUCUGACCUUCUGUUCAAUGAAGAAACACAGGAGUGUGACUGGGCAAUCAACGUUGACUGUGGCAACAGGCCAAUAAACCCAGACGGUAGUGGAGAAUCAGGAAAUAAUAGCAACGCUAGUGGAGACAGCAGCGAUUCUGGAAAAGACAGCAGCGCUAGCAGUAACGAGUCCGGAAAUAGCAACAGCAAUGGAGAAAGCAGUGAAUCUGACAAGAAAAACUCCAGUAGCGACGAGAGUGGAAAUGAUAGCGGUAACAAUAGCGGUGACGGAAACGGAAAUCCAAGUGAAGCUGCCGAAAUCUGCCGUGCUAAAAAUUCUGACGAAGUAUUAGUACCCCAUGAAAACUGCAAUCAGUUCUACAAGUGCGCUCAUGGAGUACCUGUUCCACAAGACUGCUACGGAAAUCUCUUGUACAACAUUGAAAAAGAAGAAUGCGACUGGCCAGAAAACGUAGUGUGUGUUGACAGAAACCAAGGUGGAAACGGUGAUAACGGCAAUGAGAAGAGUGUAGAAGACGGAAACAAUGACAAUAAUGGUAACGAUAAUAACAACAAGAGUGAAGAAAACAAAGGAGAUAAUGACAAUAAUGGUAACAAUAAUAACGGUGGUGGAAACGGAAACCCUAGCGAAGCUCGUGAAAUUUGCGCUGCCGAAGGUUCAGACGGUGUACUGGUAGCUCACGAAAACUGCAACCAGUUCUACAAAUGUUCUGAAGGAUCUCCUGUUGCAUUGAACUGCUAUGGAAAUCUUUUGUACAAUUAUGAAACGGAGCAAUGCGACUGGCCAGAGAACGUAAACUGUGAAGAAAGAAACCAAGGCGGUAAUGGUGACAAUGGAAACGACAAGAGUGAAGAAAAUAAAGGAGACAACAACAACAAUGGUAAUAAUAUUAACGGUAGUGGAAACGGAAACCCUAGCGAAGCUCGUGAAAUAUGCGCUGCCGAAGGUUCAGAUGGUGUACUGGUAACCCACGAAAACUGCAAUCAGUUCUACAAAUGUUCUGAAGGAUCACCUGUUGCACUGAACUGCUAUGGAAAUCUCUUGUACAAUUAUGAAACGGAGCAAUGCGACUGGCCUGAGAACGUUAACUGUGAAGACAGAAACCAAGGUGGUGAUGGUGAUAAUGGUAAUGACAAGAGCGAGGAAAACAAAGGAGACAACAACAACAAUGGUAACAACAAUAACGGUGGUGGAAACGGAAACCCUAGCGAAGCUCGUAAAAUUUGCGCUGCCGAAGGUUCAGACGGUGUACUGGUAGCCCACGAAAACUGCAACCAGUUCUACAAAUGUUCAGAAGGAUCUCCUGUUACAUUGAACUGUUAUGGAAAUCUUUUGUACAAUUAUGAAACAGAGCAAUGCGACUGGCCAGAGAACGUAAACUGUGAAGACAGAAACCAAGGUGGUGACGGUGAUAAUGGUAAGAGAGACAGUGGGGAAGAUGGUGACAGUAAAGAUGGUAGCAGUGAAGGUAGCGGAAACGGAAAUCCCGCCGAGGCCGCAGAAAUCUGUGCCAGGGAGGGCUCCGAUAGCAUCCUAGUCGCCCAUGAGAACUGCAACCAGUACUAUGUAUGUAGAAACGGCUUGCCAGUUACUCUUGAUUGCAAUCCAAAUCUGGUCUUCAACCCUGCUACCGACCAAUGUGACUGGCCAGAACUAGUAGACUGCGGUAACCGUCGCAUCUUUAGAUCAAUCAACAAACAUAUGCGAUUUUUUAAUAGGAUGUAAGGAAACAAAACAAAUGAGAUCUAUUGGACAAGAAUAUUUAAAAGAAAUUAUUUAUAAUUGUACAAUUUGUGCAUUCAAAAUUUACCUGUUUGAUUCUAAACUUAAUUAUAUUUAUGUAUACCCUUGUUAUUAUUAUUUUUGAGAAAGAAAGAAAAAGUCAUUCAAUACAGCACUCAUACACAUGACAAAAUGAUGAAAUACAAAAAAUAAGAAAAAGCUAA